AUGUUCUCCACCACCCUCCGUGCCGGUCUCCGUGCUGCCUCCCGCUCGUCGGUGAGGACCAUGUCCACCCUCUCCGUCCGUGCUGUUCCUCGGUACGGUGCCGCCCUCGCUGCAGCUACCGCGGUCACCGCGUUCGGCUUGUACCAGGGUGCGCCCUUGUUGCUCGAAGGCAAGAGCUUGGCCGGUGAGAAGGGCAAGGCCAGCGAGAGGAGCUUCGUCAUGAUCAAGCCCGACGGUGUUUCCCGCCAGCUUGUGGGCAAGAUCAUCACUCGCUUUGAGGAGCGUGGGUACAAGCUUGUCGCUGUCAAGUCCUUGACCCCCUCGCCUGCGCUCGCGAAGGAGCACUACAUCGACCUUGCGUCUAGGCCGUUCUACAAGGGGCUCGUUGACUACAUCACCUCGGGUACCCCGGUCGUUGCCAUGGUCUGGGAGGGCAAGGACGUCAUUCGUCAAGGUCGCCGCAUUGUAGGCGCUACCAACCCCCAAGAGUCCGACCCCGGAUCCGUCCGUGGACAAUACGCCGUUUCUGUUGGCCGCAACCUCAUCCACGCUUCUGACUCGUUCGAUAGCGCGUCCAAGGAGAUUGAGCUCUGGUUCGCCGAGUCUGAGCUUGCCGAGUACAAGCCUACCACCUGGGACUGGGUCAUGGCUGACAACUAA